AUGCGGUGCCGGCUACGAACACUUUUCCAAAGGAAAUUUAAAGUCAGCCUCCUCUUUCUCCUGCUCUUGGCCCUCCUGGUGCACCUGGCGAUGGAUUUGGCUCUCCCCGCAGCUCUCAGGCCCUGUGGCUGUGAUGCGAAAGCACCGAAAGCCUCGGGUGUCCCAUCAGGCAGCCCCGUGCUGGCCAGCCCCAAAAAGCUGAGCCUGCGAAUCCUUCAGGAUUUCAGCGGCAGCAACGGCUCCCUGGAGAAAAGCUCCCAGCUGCAGGGAGCGGGGCCGCACGCGAGGGCUGCAGAGCCGGGGGUCCGGCACCAGCGCGGAGAGGGGAAUGCGGGGCGGACCGAGGGAUCAAAGCUGGCGGCACUCUUCAAGCAUCCUCUUUACAACAUCCCGAUCCCGGAGGUGACAGAGAAAGACAAGCUGUUUGUCGUCAACCCCAUGGAGAAGUUCAGCCUGCGCAGCAGCGGGAGUGACGAAUGGCAGACCCGGGACCAGGAGACCCCCAUCGACUUCUUCUACUUCUCGGACUUUGAGCGGCACAAUGCAGAGAUUGCAGCCUUCCACCUGGACAGGAUCCUGGAUUUCCGGCGAAUCCCCCCAGUUUCUGGCCGUUUGGUCAAUAUAACGAAGGAGAUUCGUGACAUCACCACGGACAAGAAACUGGCCAAGACUUUCUUCAUCUCCCCAGCGGGCAACGUCUGCUUCUACGGGGAGUGCUCCUACUACUGCUCUACCGAGCAUGCCCUCUGCGGCAAGCCGGACCGGCUGGAGG